AUGCUUCUGCGGAAGUAUCUACUCGUUACGGAAUCUCAGGUGUCAAAGUGUGGAUUUCAUAUAGUAAAAAAAAAAGGGGACGUGCUAUAUCCGAAACGUACGAAAUUUAGUAAAUAUCGUAAAGGCAGAUGUAGUAGGGGUUGCAAACCAGACGGAACAAAACUUGGUUUUGGAAGAUAUGGCACUCAAAGUUGUAGAGCUGGGCGUCUUUCAUAUCGAGCCAUUGAAGCAGCGCGUCGGGCUAUAAUCGGACACUUCCAUCGUGCUAUGAGCGGACAAUUCCGAAAAAAUGGUAAGAUAUGGGUAAGAGUUUUCGCAGAUAUCCCUAUUACCGGGAAACCUACAGAAGUCAGAAUGGGAAGAGGAAAAGGAAAUCCUACGGGUUGGAUUGCUCGUGUGUCCACGGGACAAGUCCUAUUUGAAAUGGAUGGUGUGAGUUUGUCAAAUGCUCGACAAGCCGCUACAUUAGCGGCGCAUAAACCAUGUUCGUCAACCAAGUUUGUUCAGUGGUCGUAA